AUGGAAUCUGUUAAUCCUGAUUCGGCUGAAAUGCAAGCUACAAAUUCCGUGAAUAGGCACACAAGUCGAAAGCAAAUUAUUGAAGAUACACCAAUGAAACUUACAGAAAUAUCAGCCGUAUCAAUCGUACAAGCCACUCCAAAAAAAAUUACUGAAACAUCAUCGAGAUCGGCUAUUAAAGACAACGAAGAGACACCGUCAAAAUUAUUGAACGAAAUAUCACCAAUACCUAUAAAAACAUACCAAAUUAGAAAGCGAGCAAAGCAAGUGGCAACGAUAUUAACAUCGGAAGAUCACAUAAAUUACCGGAAAGACUGUGAUGAAAAGAAAAAAAGGAAACAGGAAAAAUCAGCUGAAAGUAUAAGAAAGAAAAAAAUAAAACAGGAAAAAGAGAAUGACCAAAAAAGUAUUAACAGAAUUACACAAAAUAAGCCAAAAGUACAGAAGCGCCCGCAACUUAAGGAUACAAAAGAUGAAGAAUAUCAAAUGAAAAAAGAAAUUAAACAGGAGAAAAUAGAGAAAAAUAUUACCAAAAAAACACAAAUUACACAGAAUAAAAAGAAAUUUAUCAAUCGGCUAGAAUCUAAAGACAUCAUAGACAAAGAACAAGUUGUACAGAAAAAAAUUAAACAGGAGAAAAUAGAGAAGAAAUACCAGGAAAAUAGAACUAAACCAAAAAAGAAGAAAGCCCAAACGCGGCGGGAGUCUACUGAUACUGAAGAAGAAGAUCAACCGAUUCUUCUAGAGAGCCGUGACUCUUCUCCAGUCGAACUUUAUGUCGACGACUGUGUAGGAUGUGGUGGAAACUAUCACGAAACUGAAGAUUGGAUCCAGUGUAUUAUAUGUAAACGGUGGCUGCAUGAAAACUGCACAGAAUUUGACGAUAAAUGUGAAUAUUUGACUAUGUUGUAAAUAAUCACUAAAUGAAAUACCAAAGUGCAGAUAUUCUAACACUGACAGUACAAAGACAUGACUAACUACAUAUAAAAAUAAAUAAUAUAUUUGUCAAUGUUGGUGAUACGUUAUUUAAGCCUUAAUUUUUAUAUAUUGUUUCUUUUUUUAUCUUAGAGAAAAGAUUCGGCGCUAAAUGGCGUUAACAAACGCAGAAAAACAACGUCGCUAUAAGCUUAAAUUAAAACUAGACCCGGUGAGACAUGCUGAAGCUAAGAAAAAACACCAAGAAAGGUAUCAUGCAAAUAAAAAACUUGUCAAAGAUAUGACAGAGCGAGAACAUAG